AUGACUCGUAAAGGCCUCGGAAGCGAACUGAAACGACCUCGACCUCGACAUCCAAACACUGCACUCGCGACCCUCCUCAACGAGGAACAAUUGUCACGGCAUUUCCAACAGCAUUUUCAACGACGUUCACAGCACUUUGGUGGUGCUCCUUCCAUAGACUUUACAGUGUCCAUGAGUCGUCGUUCGAAUCGUGGCAGGAACUCACCGUUGUCGUCGUCCGUAACGGCGGCACUGACUUCCGAUUCCGACGACGAUGUCUGUGGGACACGAACACCCGAUUGGACCAUGGCAAGUGAGCAGUCUACUGCGGUAGACUCCUACAACGCAAGACACUCCAUCAUAUCACGGAGCGCUUCUUUCCGUACGGAACGUACGCACAGCAACAAUCUCGUCAAAGCGAGACGUGAACGCUCCUACGCCGUCUUUCUAGCAAUCCUCUCGGUUGGCUUGUACCUUUUGCACAUGAUAAAGGAACCCUUUCACGGGAACUACAACAAUUCAAACUCUUGGUCCAGCUCCUCCCAUCGCUCACCCGCAGCGUCUCGGCUUUCCAUGUCCGUCAUACAGCCCGAGGACUUUGCCUCCAGUGCACAACUAAAGAACAACAAGGCCGACGACGGAGGAUUGAAAAUAAUAUGGCUCAUGAGUUUCCCCAAUUCGGGCACAUCCUAUACUGUCCGCCUGCUUCGCUUUCUCACCAUGGAGUAUUCCGCCUCUAACUACGGGGAAGAGUACGGACACGUGGUUGCGGAUUCUGUACCGGCCUUGCCAUCGCAGCCACAAGGGCCCUUUUGGAUGGACGAACCCAGUGGAGUCGAAAAAGGCUUUACGUAUCCCACCAAGCACGUGCUGACCAAAACACACUGUGGCGCUCGUUGCGCAGCGUGUCCACCACUCAUGUAUGCCGAAUCUACGUAUAGUUUCCAACGCCGGUGUUUCGAAGGUCGUCGCUACUACAACGAAAAAGGCGAACUCAAGAAAAAAGUGGACGUGUACGGACCGGAAAACGUGAAGAAGGCCAUUCACCUCUUUCGCAAUCCUUUUGACAAUGUCGUUUCACGUUAUCAUCACCAAUGGCGAUACGGACCCCUCGUAGACCAGACCACCAAGCAUGAAGGUAUGCCGACACGGGAGGAAUUUAGAGAACACUGUUUCCGAAUGAAUGAUUGGCGAGCCGGACCGGAGCGGGUCUCCAUUUUGUUCACCGACGAAAUUCUCGAUCUCAUGGCCAAGGUCCCUUGUCGCGCGGAAUUCUUCCGCUACAUUGAGUGGCACAAUCUUGCGUUUGUGACGUCUCGUGAUCUCGGCAUACCCACCAUGGUUUUGUACUACGAUUGGUUCGAGACUAAAUUUGACGAUGCGGCAGCCACCCUGCUAGAAUUUUUGGAGGUCGAACGCAAAGGCCACGAGCUGGAAUUGGUACCGGGCAAGUUCUACACCGAUUACUUUUUGCCAGAAGAGCAAGCCGCCGUCCAUCAAUUGUUCCGAUUGAUUGCCUCCCGGGAAACGUGGAAGUAUACGCAGCGCUUUUUUACAGACGAAGACGGAAAAGCCUCUUAUUCCGCGGCGCAAUAACUACCCUUGCUAUUGGAACUUUAGGCUGGGGUUGUACUUUCUAGGAGGGGGAGGUCAGGAGAAAUUACGAGGAUUGGUACAAACCAGGAAGUGCUACAUGGCGAGGAAGCUGUUCGGGGUCGAAACAACUACAAUUCAUUGCUCGCG